CGCUGUGGCCGCGCGAGACCGAAAUCUCGUAUUAACUCGCGAGAGUUCGGAUUCUCCUUCCUCUUUACGUUCGCCUCCAAGAUGCCUACUAGGAACUCUAAGACCAGGAAGCUCCGUGGACACGUUAGCCAUGGACAUGGCCGUGUGGGUAAGCACAGAAAACACCCCGGAGGUCGCGGUAACGCUGGUGGCCUGCACCACCACCGCAUCAACUUUGAUAAAUACCACCCAGGGUACUUUGGGAAGGUGGGUAUGAGGCAUUACCACCUGAAGAGGAACACCGUCUACUGCCCCACCAUCAACCUGGACAAGCUGUGGACACUGGUCAGCGAGCAGACCCGGCUGAACCACGCCAAGAAACCUGAUGGCCCCGCUCCUGUCAUCGACGUUGUCCGUGCUGGUUACUUUAAGGUGCUGGGUAAAGGUAAACUCCCCAAACAGCCCGUCAUCAUCAAGGCCAAAUUCUUCAGCCGACGGGCAGAGGAAAAGAUUAAAGGAGUGGGCGGAGCCUGUGUUCUCACUGCAUAACAUGCCCGCUAGUUUUGCAAAAUAAACUAUAUUAAAAAAAAGAAA